ACCAUCUCAUUCUUUCCACCACUAUUCUAUGUGAUUAUCAUGACAGAUGCUAUAGCAACUGUACUAUUCCUUAUCGAAGCGAUCAUCAAAGUCGCAACUAAUGGACUUAUUGCGGUUGAUAAAAGUUAUCUACGUGAUCGAUGGUGUCAAAGAUCAUCGCAACAGAUUCAAAAUGUUACAAUAUUCUUCAUGUUUUUUAUGGCCUUUUAUGCAAUUAUGGGAGUGCAAUUGUUCGGUCGUAUGGACUAUCAUUGUGUGUUGCCCGGAACGAAUGUAUCAAAUGUAACUAUCGCCGACCUUGCAAUUCCCGAUACAAUGUGCUCCCAAAAGGGUGCUGGAGGAUAUGAAUGUCCCGGCAAUAUGGAAUGUGUCAAGUUGGAUAUGAGUGCGCAUGCUGAAGGCUUCUAUGGAAUGUUCAAUGACUUCGGAACGAGUCUUUUCACAGUUUAUUUGGCAGCAUCUCAAGAAGGAUGGGUCUACGUUCUCUACGAUUGCCUCGACACAUUUCCUUCUUAUAUUGCUUUCUUCUACUUUGUUACAUUGAUCUUCUUUUUGGCAUGGCUUGUCAAGGCGUGUUUUAUUCAUUCAAUAUGCAUGCUUUGUGUUCAUUUCUGCAAAACACCCUUUGGUACUAUAGCUACCAAUUUUUUCUUUCAGAUAGUUAGGUCCACUCCAUUUCAAAUAGCAAUGAUGAUAUUGGUGCUACUGAAUGCCAUCUUCAAUGCGUCUUUCGUUCACAAGCAUGAUGGUAGCGAUGAAUCACGUAAACUUAUCUACUAUUAUAUCGAGGUUAACCGUUGCGGGCUUUCGCCGAUUACAUCACUUAGUUUGAUUGUUGUUCGGAGUACAUUCUGA